AUGUUUCGAUUUUGCAUCCAAGAACUGCUGGUUCAACUGCACAAAUCAGCCAAGAACAACAUCGUGUUCUGCUUUACGAACGCUCGCCAGACAUUCUACCAGCCAGGUGAUACACUACCAGUUCUUAAUGAAGAGCUUAGAAAGAAAAACGUCGGUAUUCAGGCAACGAAGGAUAAAUACUUUUGUUUCGAUAACGAACCUUUCCGAUUCCUUGCCUGCAUUAAGAACGGUAUCACGUUCGGCGAGGCAGAAAUCGCCACCUACUCGUCCAGUUGGGACAAAUCGGUGGAGGAAACACACCGUCUCCUACAAUACGUCGAAUGUCAACUUAAGCCUCAUAGAGUGAGAGAUACUGUGGGCAUGAAUGAAGCUAGGAGAAUCAUCAUAGCAAUGAGUAAACCCUUAGCAGAAGUAGCCAAUACAAUCAAUCACAAUAUUGAUGCAGCAAGAGAAACAAAAGCUAAAAUCGCUCUUGCAGAUAAUGAAAUUAGUUCUUUGAGAGCAGACCUCAAAUUCAAAGGAUACGAUAUAGAACGAGAGGAGGUGGGCUAUCCAAAGACAGUUUGCGCUGCCCCUGAGUGCGUCACCUACAUGCCUGUUGGCCGGUCAAAGGUGCAUAACACAGUGUACAAGACCGUAUGCCAUUCCCAUUGUCUUUUAAAGGGUGUCCCAAUCGAAACAACCGGUAAUCCAAAACUUGCUGAAUGUUGGGCCAUGACAGACGAAUACUGCCGUGAAUGUAAGCAUAAUUACAAGCAGCAUAUGCACCUGACCUACGAAAUCGUAAUAACAGAAAAGGAAUUCCUAUCUUCGAAGGUUCAACAUCAAAUUAAUAAAAUUCGAGACACAAAAUCCAGGAGACAAGCAAUGGUAGAUGAAAUCAACAAAAAGGUUAAGGAACUGAAAGAAGAACAAGAAAUUAUAAUGGAAACUGGUGCCAAGUUUGGCUCUUUCCUAAGGGCAAAUGCUUUAAUCACCUACAACGAUGCCGUAGAUGAAUAUCUGGAAAUGUGCAUAAAGCAAGAAAAGGCAAAACCAGUCAGAUUCCAAAAGGAAGGUGUGCUGCAAAAUCUGGAAACAACCAAAAGAGAAUACAACAAACGGAGAGAGAUACUGGACAGCGCUAUUACAGACGGAGCCAGUGAAAAUAUCAAGACAGCGCAACAGGUUAAAGAGCUUCAGGAAGAGCUUUUUAAGCUUACACAUUUCGGACCCAAACUGGAGGAAUUCUUUGAUGAAAUUUCUGUCAUGCACACAUCAAAAACCUUGACCAACGAAGAAACAAUUGUAUCAACAAAAAAGAGAGUGGCUGAAGGGCAGGGGAAGCAUGAGCAUGAAAGUAGUCAGAAACCCAAAGGUUUUUUCCAUGCUUUUUCUCGUUGGUUCUAUUGGCGAUAA